GUAUUGUACUACUUCUCCAAUUAUUAACAUCCUAACAACUCACCUCUCUUCUCCGGUCACCGGAAAAAAUGUCCGGCGCCGACCUCUUAAUCCUCACACUCAUCAUCCUCCUCUUAGUAUCCCUGAAACUCAUACUCCGGCCACACCCGACCAGAAUCCCAAUAAAAUCCCGCCACGUGUUCAUCACCGGCGGCUCAAGCGGCAUCGGCUUGGCUCUAGCUCGGGAAGCCGCUGCAGAGGGUGCGCGCGUGACAAUCCUAGCGCGUGACAUGAAGAAGCUAGAACAAGCCAAAGCCUCUAUCCAGGUUUCUACUGGAACAGAAGUUGAUAUCGUGAGCGCGGAUGUACGUGACUUUCACGCGGUUAAGACCGCGGUUGAGAGUGCUGGUGAGAUAGAUGUUUUGAUAUGUAAUCAUGGUACGUUUUUGCCGUACGAGGUUGAGAAGAUGGAGAUGAAGGGGAUUGAGGAUAUUAUUGGUGUGAAUUUGGUUGGGAGUUUUGGGUUGGUCAAGGCUGCCUUGGUUGGGAUGAAGAAGAGGAAGGAUAGGAGGCCGGUUUCGAUCGCGUUUAUGUCGUCGCAGUUGGGUCAGGUAGGCAUUUAUGGUUAUGCUGCUUAUUCAGCAAGUAAGUUUGGCCUAAGGGGUUUGGCAGAAGCACUGCAACAAGAAGUCAUUGCUGAUGACAUUCAUGUUUCACUUAUCUUUCCACCAGACACCGACACACCUGGUCUUGCCGAAGAGAAGACGAGAAGGCCACAGUUGACGAGCAUCAUAACGGCAUCCUCUGGUGCAAUGACAGCUGAUGAAGUGGCAAAGAAAACAUUGAAUGGCAUCAAGUCUGGAUCUUUUUUUAUCCACUGCAACUUCGAAGGAGUCUUGUUGUCGAUAGGCACUGCGGGUAUGUCCCCACAGAGAUCAUAUCUCAUGGCGUUUGUUGAGGUUAUUUUUAGUGGUGUGAUACGUUUUGUUGCAUUGUGUUUUCUGUGGACCUGGUAUAGAAGCAUCGAAAAGUGGCACGCAAAGAGAAAGCGCACGUAAUGUUUAAAAAGAAUUGGAAUUUGUUGUUACGGUCUAAUAAACAAAGGGUCUAUUAUGUAAUUGUUUUAUGUUCAAGGGUUUGUUGUGAAUGAUUAAGCAACUAACAGACAGUUAGUUAAACCAAUGUAUCUAUGCCUAAUUUGUUAGUGAAUGGGAACAUCAAUGAUUUGAGUUGAAA